AGUACUAUGCGCAAUCAAAUAUUGAUGAGCACGUACGGUUGCGUAGCCACAAGGUUGUGUGACAUCGUGACAAACAGAGUAACACUGGUCAAGUUAGCCAGAUGUGGGCGACGUUAGAUUGUGUUUACCGCGCUCACGAAGACUUCUUUUUCUUCCCUGCUCUCCCAAAUAUCCGAAUGAAAGUAUACUUUGGCCAUUUAGAGACCUGAGGAAAGGAAAAGAGAAACAGAGGUUGCCGGAGUGACAGUUCGGUUAUUUGCAUUUCGUUUAUAUCCGAUAAUUCAGUAGAUAGCACCUGUCGGGAGCCAGAACUAAAAAGCCGGCAUGGUAGCCUGUCAGUGGCUUUAAAUACAAGUGUUAUGAGCUCGGUGCUUGUUAGUUUGAAGCAGCCAUGGCGAGAGGAGUUGUGUACAUCUUGGUUAUUACCUCAACUCUGUGUUGCUGUGGGUCUGCACUAAAGAGGAAUUGCCUCGUCUAUAGCGACUGUGGCUUAGCGAAGAAAUGCUGCGAAAACGUAUGCCUAGCGCGGCUAAGCUGCGACGGCUCGUGCUCGGCUCAUAUGGAUUGUGAUCAGGAUUACGGUGAGGAAUGUAUUAAAAGUCGCUGUAGAUGCGUCCGUGAGCCGUGUAUCACCGAGCGCGGGGACAAACAAGAAUGCGACAGAGACGCGGAUUGCGCUGCAAACAAGACCUGCAUAAACAGUUUCUGCCAGACAAGAAAGACAUUUCCAGUUCGUGAUCCAAACUUCAGUCCUGCAGUCCUAGGCGUCGUUGCUACAGUCGGACUGGUGAUGUUUGCUGGCGCGUUUUACUGCUGUCUUAGAAAACAGCACACAUCGCGUCCGUCUUUAGCGGCUAAGGAAGCGCAUGUUCGCGCAAUAGAACGCUCUAAAUCUACGCUGAAUGAUUACGACGAAACCUCGGAAAGGAGAAAUGCUGAUAGAAAUUCUGAAAAGUCGCUGUUUGGGCAAACAAACGGCUCCAAUGAACCGUUACGAUGUGAGCACGCAAGAAGGCAGGAAGCUAUACACAAAAGGCCCAGCUCUGGUUUGGUAGGUAGCCUAGACUUGUCGGCGAUCAUGGAAGAGGAGGAAAUUAGUGAAGUUACCGUGACAUAAUCAGCCAAACCGAGAUUAUUUUGACGCACGGCUAGAACCAGCUAAAGUACUCUAGCAAAUUUUAACACAAAGAAAAUAUCUGCUCGGCGGGCAAGCACGAGUAAUCAGCGAUGCUAUCUCUUAUAGAGUCGUCUGCACAAAGUGGAAUAGCUUACGCAGCACGCAGUCGAACGCGUCGAAGACCGUGCGCAAUUCAAAAGGCAAGCUUCACAAGCACUACAUAUCAAAACAGAGACCCAGCUGCUACACGUACCACUAAACUGCGAUUAGAAAUUCAGAUUUUCGCUCCAGACGUUAUCGCGCUAGAUUACCUCCGCAAAAAUUCUAAAACAGAAGUGAGGUUAGACAGAAGUAGAAAGAAUGUUUAUUUUUGGGAAAUUUCACUCAUUCUUUGGCGAUAAACCAGUAUACUUAUCGCCGGAUAUAGGUCUCUUGAGCGCGAGUCUUUGACAGAUGCGUAAUCGUCAUUCGGUAUUGAGCCAGGAUGGACUGUAAAUUGCUAAGCAGAAUCGCACGUGUGAAAAUCCACAAAAUGAACUAGCUAGUGUAGAUAUGAUAUUAAACUUAUACAAAUAACCUGUGGCUGUUAGCUACCUAGCUAGCAAACAAACAGAAAAAAGGCCAAGAUAAGCGAAUUCUAAUAUGAUUAACAUUUUGUAAAUGCUGUUGUUUGUGUGUCUCACAGUGCAAGGUUAUCAAGCUAAAUGAAUAUCCAUAGUACGAAAAAAGAUAAACAUUUGACAUUCAAUUGAAUAGAAAAGCUAUUUUUGUUGAGGCGAACCAUGCGAAGUUUGUCAAGAAUAUUUAUGAUUUAGUGUCCCAAUUUAAUAUUGUAAAAGUCUUCGUGUAAUUAUCUUAAAAAGAAUACCUUUAUUUUUUAUUAAAAUGCCAAAUUUUCACACUCUA